CAGCUGGUCGCAGGAGAAGAGUCUCAAGCUAUUUCUUCCACCUCCUCACACUGCUCCCUGCAAGCGAUGGGAGGCUGCUGAGAGCCCCUACCACUGCUGGCCUUCUUUUUAUGUUGUCUGCAGUGAGGAAGAGGACGAAGGACAUCUUAGUGCUGGGGAAUUGACCUCUGGUCUGGCGGGCCUCUGGGCUGGGAGGACAGAAGAAGAGUGGCUGGGACUGGAGGAAUCCAUGCGGGGGCCAUGGACAGAGCGGCGCUCCUGGGACUGUCCCGCUUGUUCGCGCUUUGGGCAGCCCUGCUCGCGCUGUUCCCUGGCGGAGCCCAAGGAAACUGGAUGUGGUUGGGCAUCGCCUCCUUUGGGGUUCCGGAGAAACUGGGCUGCACCAACUUGCCGCUGAACAGCCGCCAGAAGGAGCUGUGCAAGAGGAAACCGUACCUGCUGCCCAGCAUCCGAGAGGGCGCCCGGCUGGGCAUUCAGGAGUGCAGGAGCCAGUUCAGACACGAGAGAUGGAACUGCCAGGUGGCCACUGCCGCCGCCGCCGCCCCGCCGGGCACCAGUCCCCUCUUUGGCUACGAGCUAAGCAGUGGCACCAAGGAAACAGCAUUCAUUUAUGCUGUGAUGGCCGCGGGCCUGGUGCAUUCUGUGACCAGGUCGUGCAGUGCAGGCAACAUGACAGAGUGCUCCUGUGACACCACCUUGCAGAACGGCGGCUCAGCGAGCGAAGGCUGGCACUGGGGGGGCUGCUCCGACGAUGUCCAGUAUGGCAUGUGGUUCAGCCGAAAGUUCCUAGAUUCCCCCAUCAGAAACACCACAGGAAAAGAAAGCAAAGUACUGUUAGCAAUGAAUCUUCAUAACAAUGAAGCUGGAAGGCAGGCUGUGGCCAAGCUGAUGUCAGUGGACUGCCGCUGUCACGGGGUUUCCGGCUCUUGUGCUGUAAAAACAUGCUGGAAAACCAUGUCUUCUUUUGAAAAGAUUGGACAUUUGUUGAAAGAUAAAUAUGAAAACAGCAUUCAAGUCUCAGACAAAAUAAAGAGGAAAAUGCGCAGAAGAGACAAAGACCAGAGGAAAGUACCGAUCCACAAGGAUGACCUGCUCUACGUUAACAAGUCUCCCAAUUACUGUGUAGAGGAUAAGAAAUUAGGGAUCCCGGGGACACAGGGCAGAGAAUGCAACCGCACGUCGGAGGGUGCGGAUGGCUGCAACCUCCUCUGCUGCGGCCGCGGCUACAACACCCACGUGGUCAGACACGUGGAGAGGUGUGAGUGUAAGUUCAUUUGGUGCUGCUACGUUCGCUGCAGGAGGUGUGAGAGCAUGACUGAUGUCCACACUUGCAAGUAACCACUCCGUCUAGCCUCUGAAAACACUCCUCAGUGACAACAGCAGAGUGCCAUCGUGCAGGGCUGGUGAAGCCCACUGGCCUCCGAAUCCCCAAACCCUUGACCCCUCUCAGAGUUCCCUUUACCUGGUCCAUGUCCAGUCUGUCACACACUGAGUAUAUGCAUUUGGAGGGAUUCUGCAAGGUUUAGGUUCAUAUUUUGGUGAUCUGGAAAAUACAUAUUGACAUACAAGGAAUUUGGCUCCUAAGCAACAAAGAAUCAGAAAGAACCUUCAUGUAGAAAGACCUGGUGCAUCCUCAAGAUAAGAUCCUUGACUAUGGAACUUAGUUAUGGAACUCAGUAGUGGUGGGUGAAUAUCAGUCACUUUUAAAAGACACCUCUUAUAGCAGCAAGGAGCAGUACACAUGAAUCUCAUUUAUUCAUUCUCUCAGUACUUUAGAUGAAGAAAUUAUAUUAAGUAUUUGUGCAUAGAAACAGGUGUUGAAAAGUUAACAGAAAUGAUGGGUGCUUACUUACCCUUUCAUGCAUUUCAAAAGGAAGGCAAUUAAAAUGAAUUUUCACAAGUGAUACAAUAUUCCUAAAAAGUGUUUGUUAGAGGUAAUUAGUGACAAAAGGUAAGAAUCAAGAUGUAAAAAAAGUAAAAUGUAUAAUUUGGAUUUUAAGUGGCUUUUAAGUAGAACUGUUCCUAGAAAAAUCUCAAGAAGGUAUACAUACAAUAGUAACCUUUGAUCUUUGCCUUCAUAGUUUAAUUGUAGACCAGUUUCCACUAUUAAAAAACCCAACUCUGAAUUACUGUUAGAGGAAGGGCUCCUGAAGGCAAGUGGGAAAAUCAGAGGUAAAGGACUCGCAUCCAGUAUAAGGAAAAGCACCCAUUAAAAGUGUAAAAACAGUAUUUUGUAUAGUAUUUCACUUUAAAAAGUUUUAUAUUUUGUAAAUACACUAUUUAAGUUAUGAUAUAUAUUAAACCUUAAGACAUUUAUUGCCAAAACCUAAAAGCUAAGGCAAUAAAAUUAUCUCAGAAAUAAUAUUAGCUUCUGUUUCUUUUC